AUGCAAGCGAGUUCAACAAGAAAAGUUCCGAAGGUCCUAAAAGUAAUAGCUGUCGUCUUGUUUGUGAUAGCCACUUUACUUAAGAUCGGUGUUAUGAUCGACAUUUCAAUGGAAAAAAGGAAAGCAAGAGCAGGCAGAAAGACUCGAACCCCAAACAAGCCGAACGUUAACCAAAAUAAUGGUUUAGUCACGGAGGCAGAGAGACCACUUCUUCUAGUAACGCGUUUAUCGGAUGAAAAUUUGAAUGAUUGCACCAGUGAUGCAGAACCGAAUCCCAGGAAACAUACCCAGGAGACAAUAGUUUAG